AAAACGUCAAAACAUCUGUCAAAGCAGAUGAUUGUCACUGCGCUUUGUUGUAACUUGUGGUGAAAAAUAAAUAAAUAAAAAUAAUAUUCUGAAUCAUUGAGAGCUAUUAACUUCUGCAUCGAGUUCCAGAAGAUCAUCCCUUCAAGUCUGUGGAGCGAUGACACCGGCUUGUUAAGGCGGGUUCUACACUGAGUUGUAAAUCCGGCCCCGUACCGAUGCACUAGUGGUUGUGCCGAGCGUACAAGAAGCCACAACCGCCAUGUCGUCGGUAAAGGUGGCAGUCAGGGUCCGCCCCUUCAACUCCCGGGAGAUCGCCCGGGAGUGCAAAUGCAUCAUUGAGAUGUCCGGGAAUACUACAGUGAUAACAAACCCGAAGGCACCUCCUGGCAGCAAGGAUGGCGCAAAAAGCUUCAAUUUUGACUUUUCAUACUGGUCACACAACCCAAGCGACCCAGAAUUUUCGUCACAAGUCAUGGUGUACAAAGACAUCGGCGAGGAGAUGUUACAGCAUGCUUUCGACGGCUACAACAUAUGCAUAUUCGCAUACGGACAAACCGGUGCGGGCAAGUCCUACACAAUGAUGGGCAGCGGCAAGGAUGGCCAGGAAGGCAUCAUCCCACAGAUCUGCAAGGAUCUGUUCCGACGCAUCAGGCAGACCACCUCCGAUGACUUGAAAUACUCGGUGGAAGUCUCCUACAUGGAGAUAUACUGCGAGAGAGUUCGCGAUCUCCUCAACCCGAAGAACAAGGGCAAUUUGAGGGUCCGUGAGCACCCUGCGCUCGGACCCUACGUGGAGGACCUCAGCAAACUGGCGGUCACCUCCUACCAGGAUAUAUACGACCUCAUCGAUGAGGGGAACAAGGCUAGGACUGUGGCAGCGACAAACAUGAACGAGACCUCGUCACGUUCUCACGCUGUCUUCACCAUAUUCUUCACGCAGCAGAGGCAUGAUCAGACCACUAAUCUUAUGUCGGAGAAGGUGUCGAAAAUCUCGCUGGUGGACUUGGCAGGUUCCGAGCGAGCUGACUCGACAGGAGCCAAGGGCACGCGUCUCAAGGAAGGCGCGAACAUCAACAAGUCACUCACAACCCUCGGGAAAGUCAUCUCGGCACUCGCUGAAAUUGCGUCAAAGAGUAAGAAGUCGAAGAAGGCAGACUUCAUUCCGUACCGUGACUCGGUGCUGACGUGGCUGCUGCGGGAGAACCUCGGAGGCAACUCCAAGACGGCCAUGAUAGCCGCUAUAUCGCCCGCCGAUAUUAACUUUGAUGAAACUCUUAGUACACUCAGAUACGCCGACCGAGCCAAACAGAUUGUCUGCAAAGCGGUUGUCAACGAGGACGCGAACGCGAAACUCAUUCGCGAACUCAAGGAGGAAAUACUCAAGCUUCGCGAGUUACUCAAAGCUGAGGGCAUCGAGGUCGAAGAAGGACCAGAUGGUAAAGUCCUUUAUGAAAAGAAAGAACAGCCUACCAGAGAAGAGAACAACUCUUCGCCGCAGCGCAAGAAGAGCGAGGCUGAAGUGCUAUCGCCGAAGCUGUCCCGAGCCGCCACAACUAUUGCCGAAGAGGCUGUGGAUCAGUUGCAGGCUUCGGAGAAACUUAUUGCGGAACUAAACGAAACAUGGGAAGAGAAGCUAAAGCGCACGGAACAGAUUCGCGUCCAACGCGAGGCGGUCUUCGCGGAGAUGGGUCUCGCCGUCAAGGAGGGAGGCAUUACGGUCGGCAUCUACUCGCCUAAGAAGACCCCUCAUCUCGUCAACUUGAAUGAAGACCCUAACCUGUCGGAGUGUCUCAUUUAUUAUAUCAAAAAUGGCGUGACCCGUGUCGGUACAUCAGAAGCGAACGUGCCUCAAGACAUCCAACUGUCAGGCUCCCAUAUUCUGAGCGAGCACUGCAUCUUCGAGAACACGGACGGAGUCAUACUCCUCAUUCCUCAUAGAGAUGCGCUUAUCUAUGUGAAUGGACGUGAGCUAACCGAACCAGUGAUCCUCAAGUCCGGUUCCCGCGUGAUCCUGGGCAAGAACCACGUGUUCCGCUUCACUCACCCCGGACAGCCGCGCGAGGAGCCUGUCAACAAGGAGAAUAAGGAGCUCACUGAUACUGCUAGCAGUAAUGAGAGUGACUCCGGCAGCACAGACGCGGACGGCAAGAACGUGGACUGGGACUACGCGCAAUGCGAACUGCUGGAGAAACAAGGCAUCGACUUGAAGGCCGAGAUGCAGAAGCGCCUGAUGGCUCUCGAGGAGCAGUUCCGCAGGGAGAAGGAGCAUGCUGACCAGCAGUUUGAGGAGCAGCGCAAGAACUACGAAGCCCGCAUCGAUGCUCUGCAGCGUCAGGUGGAGGAGCAGAGCGUCACCAUGUCUAUGUACAGCUCCUACACGCCUGAAGACUUCCAUAACGACGAGGAUAUAUUCGUGAACCCGCUAUUCGAGACGGAAUGCUGGUCAGCCCGCGAGGUGGGUCUGGCGGCGUGGGCCUUCCGCAAGUGGAAGUACCACCAGUUCACCUCGCUGCGAGACGACUUGUGGGGCAAUGCUAUCUUCCUCAAGGAAGCCAACGCAAUCUCAGUAGAACUGCGCAAGAAAGUCCAGUUCCAAUUCACUCUGCUAACGGACACCCCCUACUCGCCCCUCCCCGCGGAACUCGCUCCGCGCGACGACGCGGAUGACGAGUAUCGCCCCUCCGCGCCCACCGUGGUCGCCGUCGAGGUCACUGACACUAAGAACGGAGCUACACAUUAUUGGACGCUCGAGAAGUUACGCCACCGCCUGGAGCUCAUGCGUCAGAUAUACAACAUGAACGAGUGCGCGUGCGACGACGAGCCGCUCGUGCUGGCGCCGGCGCCGCUGCCGGCCGUGCCCCCGCAGCCAGACAUACUGCACUGUAUAUCUGCGUGCGCGCAGCAGACGCGACUGUCGCUAGCCAACCUGCUGCCCUCCAGACAACGGCUGGAGCUGAUGCGUGAGAUGUACCACAAUGAGGCGGAGUUGUCUCCCACUUCGCCUGAUCACAACAUCGAGUCUGUGACCGGUGGGGACCCCUUCUAUGACAGAUUCCCGUGGUUCCGUCUAGUUGGACGGAGCUUCGUAUACCUAUCGAACCUGCUGUACCCCGUUCCGCUCAUUCACAAGGUGGCCAUCGUGAAUGAGAAAGGAGACGUCAAGGGCUACCUGCGGGUAGCCGUGCAGGCUGUUAUCGACGCUGAGAAGAACAACGCAGAAUUCGCAGCGGGCGUAAAGCAGUCGGCCAAGAUAUCGUUCGACGACGACGUAGCGCCGGUCCGACGCGCCAAGCUGUCGGCUGUGGAUAAGAAUAAUGCGAUCAACCUCGACGAGCGCAUCGGUGAUGUGCCUGACUCUAAUAUCAAGAUUGAAGAACUGGCAAUGGGCGAAUGCGACGCAGACAGCGGCCGCGGCGACAGUUCCCUCGCCUCCGAGCUGAAGGAGGAAGACCUGCCGGAACACCUGACCCUCGGCAAGGAGUUCACCUUCCGCGUCACCGUGCUGCAAGCCCACAGCGUGUCUACUGACUACGCUGACGUCUUCUGCCAGUUCAAUUUCCUACACCGCAACGAAGACGCAUUCUCGACUGAGCCCGUUAAGAAUGCGGGCAAGAACACACCGCUAGGAUUCUACCAUGUGCAAAAUAUCACAGUGCCGGUAACGAAAUCAUUCGUGGAGUACAUAAAGACGCAGCCGAUAGUGUUCGAGGUGUUCGGUCACUACCAGCAACACCCGCUGCACAAGGUAAGCGCUCUAGACGCAAAACAAGACGGGCCCGUCGGCGGACGUACACCCCCACGCCGCAUGCUGCCCCCCUCCAUCCCCAUCUCGGCCCCCGUACGGAGCCCUAAGUGGGGCGCGGCGGCGGUAGCGGCUCCCUGCUGCAGCUCGCAUCUGCACUCCAAGCACGACCUGCUUGUGUGGUUCGAGAUCUGCGAGCUAGCUCCCAAUGGGGAGUAUGUGCCUGCUGUGGUAGAGCACUCAGACGAGCUGCCCUGCCGAGGCCUGUACCUGCUGCACCAGGGCAUCCAGCGACGCAUCCGCAUCACCAUCCUGCACGAGCCCUCGCAGGACCUGCAGUGGACUGACGUCAGGGAACUCGUCGUCGGGCGUAUCCGCAACUCUCCCGAAGCUAACGAGGACACAACAGAUGGUGACGAGGACGGAGCCCUAUCUCUCGGACUGUUCCCCGGAGAGAGGCCUACGCUUGAUGACCGCGCUGUAUUCAGGUUCGAAGCUGCGUGGGACAGUAGCCUGCACGGGUCGCCGCUGCUGAACAGGGUCAGCGCCAACGGUGAAGUCGUCUACAUCACACUCAGCGCUUAUCUCGAGGUGGACAACUGCAGCCGCCCCGCCAUCAUCACCAAGGACCUAUCCCUGGUGGUGGUAGGUCGCGAGGCCCGCACGGGACGGUCGCUUCGCCGCGCUCUGUUCGGCUCGCGAGCUGCGCGAGCUGACCACAUCACCGGCGUCUACGAGCUCAGUCUGCACCGAGCUUUGGAGCCAGGAGUACAACGUCGUCAGCGCCGAGUAUUGGACACGAGCGGCACGUAUGUGCGCGGCGAAGAGAAUCUACACGGAUGGAGACCGCGCGGAGACUCGCUCAUAUUUGAUCAUCAAUGGGAGUUGGAGAAGAUGACCCGGCUAGAGCAGGUGGGGCGCACGCGACACCUGCUGGCGCUGCGCGAGCGCCUGCGCCACGGACACGAGAACACCGUCGCGCCCAACGACUUCACCAAGACAGAGAAGGAGGUAUGCAACAUGGCCGCUAAGGCCGCGUCGGAGAGCGCUCGCGACGAGUCGCUGUACGAGCCGUGGGACAUGACGCCGCGGGAGAAGGAACUCGCCACCAAGUACAUCAAGCUUAUACAAGGCAGGAUAGGGUCAGGCAAGGAGGUGGAGACGGCGGCGUCCCCCGCGACGCCGGUGGACGAGGGCGUGUCGGCCGACAUCUCCACGCCCAGUCUGCUCUCCUCCAUACACAGCGCCAGCAGCAUAGAACUAUGCUCCCCGGAGCGCGGUCUCCUGGAGAAGUCAGUGGCGGGGUGGGCGGGCAGCCACGCGGCCGUGUCGCCGCACGCGGCGGCGCUGUACGUGCCCGACUGCGAGGAGGUGCGCGUGUCCGCCGCCGUCGCCAGGCGCGGACACCUCAACGUGCUGCAGCAUGGGACUCAUGGCUGGAAGAAACGCUGGCUGGUGGUCCGCCGGCCAUACGUGUUCAUCUACCGCGACGAGCGCGACCCCAUCGAGCGAGCCGUCAUCAACCUCGCCAACGCUCACGUCGAGUACUCCGAGGACCAGGAGCAGAUGGUCCGCAUGCCCAACACCUUCAGCGUGGUGAGUAAGGAGCGCGGCUACUUACUGCAGACCCUCGGCGACAAGGAAGUGCACGACUGGCUGUAUGCCAUCAACCCGCUGCUGGCCGGCCAGAUCAGACUCCAAGCCAUUCUGCCACUGAGGCAAAAGCACCAACCCCUACAGCCAAAGGUCUCGCUCGGGGCGGCGCGGCGACAAGGCGGCGGCGCCAUGAGACGCCCUCAUCAUGGAGUCUAUCCUCGUUUUUUAAAUGCGUCUCCGAUGGAACGCUCGCUCAUCGCGCCUUGCAAAGGCAUUGAAACCGCUCGGAGGCACAGCUUUAGGAAUUAAACUGGUCUUUACGAACAAAGAAUGUUGUAAAAGUUUCUGAAUCAACGUGAACUGGAAAAGUACUUGUAAUUUGAUUUAGGGUGAGUUGCACCACGUAACUAUCGAUAAACCAAAGUAAUCAACCAUUAAGUCGCCGAUUUGACCAAUAAGCGACAAUUUGAUGGCUGGUGAUGGUUUGGUUAUCGUUAUAGCUACAUGGUGCAACCCAUCUCUAGAAAUAUUCUGAAGGUUUCUUUGGCAAGAAACUUAAAGACUGUUUAAAAUAAUAUCGAUAUUUAAAUUCGAUGAGAUUCUCUUUGAUUCAGAACUUUUCAGAUUAUCUUUCUGCAUAUCAUAUAUUUAAGCGUUAAAAUUCAGACUGACUACGCUAGCGGGUAGUUAGGGUAGCUCAAAUAAAGUACUUCCAGUACUUUUUAGACUGAUUUUAACAUUUACCCAUAUUUAUCAUCUUUGACCGCACUGUGGAAGCAGUUGCAAGUUAUACGUACAAAUAAAAUAUGUGAUAUGCAAAAAGAUUGGUAAGAGUCUAACUUAUCGAUAUUGUAAAAGUAUAUUUUAUACUCAUAUUGUCAGGUUAGACUAUGAAAUGUCAUCGAUAAAGAGUUAGUGAUGUAUCGAUCAGUUUAAUUCCGAAAAUCGAGAAGAGUAAUAUCGAUUAUAGUGAUGGAAUCCGUGACUGGUUUGGUGGGGCAUAGUCAUUGAGUGCUCAACGAAGAGCUUUUAUUUACUGUGGUCCAUAACUCUUAUAGUAUGAGAGAUAUUUAAUUUCGUAUUCAAAGUUGCCAAACUUAAAGCUUCUAUAGUGAUGCACACAAAGUCGAUAAAAGAUUGAUGAACAAGACUAACUUUUACAACCAUCACUACAAUUUUUCAUACUUUAUAUACGAAGUUAACUAUUUCUAAAGAUUAUAAUUAUUUUGUUUCAUCUACUCUGGGACCACGAGAUAACAUGAAAUGCAAAUGAAUCAAUUAUUUUAGCAUAUCUAAGUUUAUUAUCAGUAUUAUAUGAGGCAGCUGCAUUUAAUGCGAUAUACGAUAUAUACGUAAAUAGAUAUAUAUGUAUAUUUUAUUUAUAUUUGCUAAUUGGAUAAUAACACCAGUCUUUGGCACUGACAUUGGACUUAUAUAUUUUUAAUUAAAACAAUAAAGUGUCUUUACAAAUUAUACAAUAUUGAUGUAGCUUAAUUCCUAUCUAUAUUACAAAGUAAUAUUAUAUACUAUUGAAAAGAAAUUUUAUUAUUUUAACGAAAAAUAUUCAAGUGCCAAACAUGUAGCCGAUAACUGGUCAAUUAAUCCUUAUGUUUAGAGUUUUAUAGUUUAGUGCGGGAGUCGAGAGAGUCGGGACCAAACCGGUGCACUGAUUAUAACAGGAACGGGGUAAACAAUAUAUUUACAAUGAGUAUAACACGUACACGAUAUAUAGUGUGCGUCUAGCGACAGUACGAGCUGUUUCAAUGUCUUCAAUGCCUAGUACAUAUUUAUUUUUAUCUACCUUGUAAUGGCAACCCUGGGCCACGACACUAACAUAGCUCCAUUAAUUAGUAAACAAUUAUAUCGACACAUUACGAGUAUGAUACCAGCAUUUAUGUAACUUAUCUGUCGUGGCCCACCGGCCAUCUUGUAGCGACUGUUAAUGCGUAUGUCUACGUACAACUUUUGUGCAAUCAAAACAAUAAUUAUGCGUUGCGCACAAAUAUCGGCGAUGUGUGAUAGACUCCAUUUUGUAACAUGACUAAUGACUAUAUCUAAGAAUUUAAUGAAAAAAAAACAUUGUACUUGUGAAAAGACAAAUUACUGAACUAUAUAAAGGACAAUGGGCAGAUUGGUAUACCCCACCAAUAGCAAUGUCAUAUAUAUCAUUGGAUAGGCCUUUUUAUGUAGAACAAUAUUUACUAUGACAGCUUUGCUGAAAUGUUUGUCCGUUCUGAGAUAUAGAUCAAAAACUGUGCAAAAGUUAGAACUAAGUAAUCUAUUGAUAACUCAAGUUUUUAAAGGAAAAUCUAAGAACUACUAAGUGUAAGUCUUGUAUGAAAGAAAAUCAGAUUACAGUAUUGAUUAGCAUCCGUUUUAAGAUUGUUUGUUAUCUAUAUCUCAGAACGGACAAACAAUAGAACAAAGCUGUCAUAGUAAAUGUUGUUCCAGUUAAAAAGACCUGUCCAAUGAUAUGUAUGACUUUCCUAUUGGUGCGGUUUCUCACUACGCCCAACAUCCAGUUGGUACAAUAAAAGGUUGAAAUGCUACAUAAUAGUAACAAUUAUGGAUCCUAACGGGCACAGUAGUAUUUACAAGACUUAAAGUUAUUAGUACUUAGAUUUUCCUUUAAAAACUUGAGGUAUCAAUAGAUUACUUAGUUCUAACUUUUGCACAGUUUUUGAUCUAUAUCUCAGAACGGACAAACAUUUCAGCAAAGCUGUCAUAGUAAAUAUUGUUCUACAUAAAAAGGCCUAUCCAAUGAUAUAUAUGACAUUCCUAUUGGUGGGGUAUACCAGGUCCCAUAUAUUUGUGCCCAUUGUCCUUUUCUUCUAAUGUUGGAUACAUUAUUAAUGUAAUUUACCUUGUAUAUACGUAUGACCCGAACGGUAGUAUAAAAUUAUAUUUUGAGGCUCAAAAGGCCGUGGUGGCGGUAGUCCGAACUCGUAUGUCGUCAUACGUAAUCGUUUCACGUUUUAGUAUCGAUUGUAAAUACAUUGAAUAUUUGUAGUUAAAUGUAGACUAUGCAUUAUAAAUCAUUUACGCUACUUUAUGUAGUUGGUAAUAUCAUUUAACUUGAUAUUGUUUUGUGUAACGAUGUUUUCUUUCAAAUUAUAUGGGAUGUAUAAAGUAGGUUAAUGUGAUGUUACUCAGGUAUAAAGUUUCAAUGAUUUCUCGAUUACCGAUUAUUCCGUUCGGAGCAUUCCGUACGUUCUAGUCAUAUACCGUGUAGGUACAUGUAUGUGAUAGAGUAGCCCUAUGCUGUGCUGCGAACAAUCACAAAGUAGAGUGUUAAUACGUGUUCAGUGUUACGUUCCCCCCCCACCCCCUCCCAAUCCUCGUCCUGUCCCAGUCCCUCACCGGUCCGUACACUACAUAUAUUUAUUCCGACACGACAUAAUAUCAUCGUAGGUAGAUAAUGAAUGUGACUGUAGUUUUAUAUGGAUGAUCCUUUAUAGGCAUUACUUUUGUCUCAACACUGUUGUAAGUCCGAGCAUAGUUUACUCUCGUUACCGCUUCGAUAAAUGUGGAAUAAAAUAUAAUAAUUGUCACUAUACUAUCGCUUUUAGGUGACUAUUUUUCAUUCAAAAUCGAGCAUACAUAGUUAUAUAACAACAUUGUAAGCUUAAGACUUAUUAGUCUUUGUAAAUAUUUUACUUCGUUUGGUACUUACAUGGGUUACAGAAAAUUAAAAAAAAAUAGCUUUCUCCUGUUAAAAGUCCAGUCACACCGGCUUACACACUCAACUGUAGACAUAAAAUAUUCGGCUAACACUAGAGAAUAUCCUGAUAAUAAUUUAGCGUAUAAUAAACGUAGCUAUAAGAACAAAAAGUAUUAUCCAAAAUUUAGACAUGCUGUGUGUUAUAGGUAAUAUUUCUUAAAAUUGAAAUUAAUACAAUAUUGUCGUCGAGAUUAUUAAAUGAUUAUGUAACGUUUCAGUUGGUACAGCACAACGUCAAAUGUAGCAAAAUUAUUUUUCAUUCGUGUACCGGUUCUAUUUGGCGAUGUGCUUUAUUUGAAUAUGAAACGCUCUUAAAAAUAUAAGAAUCUUUAAACAGAUUACUAUGUCCAAGUACUUCUUCACCAAAAUUAAUAUUUGUGUAAUUCUUCAAUAGGUGUGUUUAUUGUAAAGGAUGAAAGAGAUCUCAAGCUGAAUGACACGUUUGUUAACCUUUCUUUUCUAGUCAUUUUUUGUAUUUACAUUACAUUCCAAAGUUUGUAUAUUACUUAUUUCCGUUUUUGAAAUAAAUAGGGUAAUGUAUUUUGCAUAGCAAAAUGGUGUUUACAUAGUGUAAUAGAGAGCAGGAUGAUGAAACAACGGUGUGUCGAGGCGGCUGUAAAGAUAUUUUUUAUAGCUUUUUAUUUCCUUUGACGUUUAGUUUGGCUAAUUCGCGUUUAGUUGUUAUAUUAUUGUAAUUCUAUGAAACUAAACAUUUUAAAUUAGAGAUACAGCUGACGCUGGAUUAUAUUUUUUUAUAGAGUAUACUGUUUAAGCUAUACUGCUAUUUUUAUAGGACUAGCUGUUGUUUUGAUUACGUUUGUUUGUUUCUCAAGUAUUUAUUUGGUAUGCGUCGUUGUGUUGUGGUGCGCGGGCGCCGGUGUGACGUCACGAGCCGGCGCCGCGCUCUUGUGAUUACGAUAGUGAUUGUUGAUUGUUGGGCGAGAAUGAUAUUGAAAACAAAUUAUAUAUUCUAUAUAUAAUUUAUGAAUUUCAUUCAAUUUAUGAAAAUAAGAACAAUGUAAUGAUUGGUAAUAUUACUCAUUGCUCUAAAUGUACUAUCAAAAUAUAUUAUACACAGUGUUAAAGGUCAUAAAUAAAAUGCUUUGAAAAUUUCCAAA